UCCCGCUUUUUGAUGCUGUCCUCACGGAGGUCUGAGCCAAUAACGGACUUAUUGGUCGGCUGAACCAUGCAGAGGCUGCUGCUCCUGAGUUUGGUGUUGAGUUUUCAAACUGUGUGGACAGCGAGGUUCUCUCAGGAGCCAGCAGACCAGUCGGUGGUGCGGGGCCAGAGGGUGAUCCUGUCCUGUGUUGUCUUCAACUACUCGGGCAUUGUUCAGUGGACCAAAGAUGGCCUGGCUCUGGGCAUCGGAGAAGACCUGCAGGCCUGGCCCAGGUACCGUGUGUUGCGUGUGCAGGAAUUGGGGCAAUACAACCUGGAGAUCCUGUCAGCUGAUCUGUCUGAUGACUCCCUGUACGAGUGUCAGGCCCCCGACGCCGCGCUGAGGUCCAGGAGGGCCAAACUCACCGUCCUCAUCCCCCCAGAUGACCCGGUGAUUGAUGGGGGUCCGGAGGUGCUGCUGAAUGCGGGGGAGUCCUACAACCUCAGCUGCGUGUCUCGCGGGGCCAAACCGCCGUCUAUGAUCGAGUGGCUUAAAGAUGGUCUGCCUGUGGAUGGGGCUGCCAGCACCACUGAGGUGCUUCCAGACAGGAAGAGGGUGACCACACGCAGCUACCUGCCCAUCCAGCCCGUGGACACCGACACUGGGAGGAACUACAGCUGUGUGGCCACCAACCUGGCUAUUCCCACCGGCAAAAGCACAACUGUCACCCUCAACGUCCACCAUCAACCGACAGUUACCUUGUCCAUUGAGCCUCGCUCUGUCCUGGAGGGGGAAAGAGUCACCUUCACCUGCCAGGCUCACGCCAACCCUCCUAUUAUGGGCUACAGGUGGGCCAAGGGUGGCGUGGUGCUGCAGGGUGCCAGGGAGAGUGUGUUCACCACCAAGGCGGACCACUCCUUCUUCACCGAGCCCGUCUCAUGUCUGGUUUUCAACGCUGUGGGGAAGACCAACGUCAGCAUCCUGGUUGACGUGCACUUCGGUCCGAUCCUGUUGGUGGAGCCGCAGCCAAAAACAGUGGAUGUCGACUCUGAUGUCACCCUCAACUGCAAAUGGGCUGGAAACCCUCCGCUCACGCUCACCUGGUUCAAAAAGGGGUCAAACAUGGUUCUGAGUAACAGCAACCAGCUGUAUCUGAAGUCGGUGAGCCAGGCGGACGCCGGCCAGUAUGUAUGCAAGGCCAUCGUCCCACGGAUUGGAGUAGGAGAGACUGAGGUCACGCUCACAGUCAACGGUCCUCCCAUCAUCUCCAGUGAUCCAGUCCAGUAUGCAGUAAGAGGGGAGAGAGGAGAGGUGAAGUGCUACAUAGCCAGUACACCUCCUCCAGAUAAGAUUGUGUGGGCGUGGAAGGAGAACGUGUGGGAGAAGGAGAAGGGGACGCUUCUGGAGAGGUACACGGUGGAGCAGAGCAAAUCGUCAGCCGAGGGCGGCGGCGUCCUCUCUACCCUCACCAUCAACAACGUGAUGGAGUCCGACUUCCUGUCCACCUACAACUGCACGGCCUGGAACUCAUUCGGCCCCGGCACCAUGAUCAUCACGCUGGAGGAGACGGAGGAGGUCCCGGUGGGAAUAAUCGCUGGCGGUACAGUGGGCUCCACCAUCCUCUUGUUCAUCUUCCUGCUCGUCCUCGUUCUCAUCUUCUACCGGCAGCGCAAAGGCAGUCGGCGCGGGGUCACGCUGGGUAAGCCCGACAUCAAGGUGGAGACCAUAAACAAGGAGACCCACAGCUUAGAGGAGGACUCCGGCAGCGUGUCCACGGCUUCGCGCAUGGUCAAGGCCAUGUACUCGCCCUUUAAGGAUGACAUAGAGCUCAAGUCUGACCUCCGCAGCGACACCCUGGACACCCGCCAGGAGUACGACCUAAAGGACCCCACUAAUGGCUACUACAACGUGCGAGCUUCAACCCACGAUGAAGGCCGCCCUGCUUCCCGCUCCACCAUGCACUACUCCGACUACCGCUCCCCUACAGGAACACCAGGGGGAGCUGCAUCUAUUAGCAGCAGUGCCGCCGGCUCGGGAGCCACGGCCAGCGGAGGAGCCCCCGGUCCCCCCGGUCCCCUUACCUCUCCUGGCCGCCCCCAGGCCUGCUACGACCCCCGACCCCCAUCCAGACUGUCCCACAUCAGCUACGCCCAGUUCAACACCUUCACCCGUGGGGGCCAGAGCCAGCAGCCCCCUGCCAACCCCGCCCCCGCAGCCAGCGACUUCCCGGGGGACUGCAGCCUCCUGGACUCCACUUCUCAGCUGGCCUACGACAACUACGGAUACCCCUCGCAUUACCAGACCUACCGCAUGGGUUUCGCCCCAUCCAGCCUGGCGCCGCUGGAGGCUGGCCCAUCCUACGAGAUGUACAGUGUAGGAUCUGGGGUGGGGGGCCCCGGGGUUGGGGUCGGUCCUGGGGGCCCAGCUCCCUCGGGAUCAGAGACUGGACUCGGGAAGUACGGCAGCUCCACUCGCUUCUCCUACACCUCGCAACACUCUGACUACUCCCACAGCCGACACACACAGAGGAUGCAGACUCACGUGUGAGAGACGGAGACGCAGAACCACCUCACAGUCUUAGCUGAGCAUGAGGAAGCAUCUUAUAAAUAGCGUCACAUCUAAAAAACACACACAAUCACAGAUUUACACGCACACAUUAACACACCCUACUGAACACAAACACGACUGCAGAACACGAAAAGAAAAAACAUCGCACACACCCAUGCACAGAGUCAGAAGACCAUGCCCAUGAGACAGGGAGGGUAUGAGAAACACAGAGAGACAGAAAGAGACGAGUGGAGAAAAAGAAGUUUUAGCGAGACAGGGAAGGGAAAUUCCACACAAUUUUGAAUUCCCUCACUCCCGACGUGUUUGUAUAUCUGAGCUCUGAAAGAGCGGACGGCGCAAGUCACAAUCAAGACUGGGAAAGAAGAACAAGAACCAGAGAGAGGAGGAGAGAUCACAGAUCUUUGGAGCCCAUAGCCUUUGCUAUGAACUGACUUUGUAAAUGAUGAGGGUUGAACGUCUUAAGGCAAACUGACUGACUGUCAAAUAUGGUACACACUGAUCGGGAAAAACCUCAACCAGUGGAAGUCAUUUC